CUUAGCCACCGACUCGAGUCCAGCGUCCACUCCUUCUACCGCUCGUCUCGUCUCCCUUCAUCCUUCCUUUCACACCUACACCAACCCACUGCUCCAGACGCCUACAAACAUCGAGCAUAGGAAUUCUUCCUGCCCCUACGCUCCUUCAAGGCGACGUCAGACACGAUCUGCGAUAAUUCUCCCACCCAUUGAAUUGGGUUACCAUUGGGAUCCCUUGGCCCAGUCGAAACUGCGCCGCAAGCCUCAUAUACAUAUCCAACCACCAUUGUAUACACACAAACAGACAUUGCCGAGUCGCACGUUAUCUGCACCCAGCCUUCCAACGCGCCAGUGCCAGGUCUAUCGGGACUUCGAUAUACUCGGUUCACUUUCCUUCAGCAAUCUGUCUACCUGUCUUAUUCAUCGAUCGCCAAGAAGGGCACAGGUCGCAAGGAUUCUUGUUGAUUUCGAGCCACCACCUGUGCACCAUCUUGUUUUCUUUCCUACAUGCAGGAGUACAAGACAGUCACUAUGGACUCGAGGCCGGCAUCCCAUCAAGUCACUACCGUCGCAGCAGUCUUGAACCCGGACGGAAAUCGCGAUUCCGCUUACUUUUCCAGUACUGACAGCAAGCACAAUUCGGCCGCCUCCAACAUGACCAUCUCGGUCCUCAGCCCAACCAACUCCGCCCACCACUCCUCGUCAGCCGACAAGACGCCUUCGCCAGUCGCCACAGGCGCCAUGCCCCAGACUCUGGUCUCUCCUACCCAAAGCAACAUGAGCGUUGCGUCCAUGGUGUCCCCAACCACACCCGGCAGUGCAGACCCCCGACGGGCCGAUCGCCCUACCUCGCUCGAACACGGCCAACCGAAUGGGAUGCUCGAUCCAGUUAUGCAGGCCGCGAGCCGUCGUGAAAGUGUCGACAGCAGGAUGAACCAAGGCUUCAGCGACAUGAGGCUCGGCGCUUCUUCUCCCUAUGCGACUCACAAUCAAUCGACUUCGUCAAUUCAAAAUACCCUCAACCAGCAGCGAAACCCACGACCGGGUCUGGAGAAUGUUGCUAUCCACCGCAUUUCCAAUGGGUACCAACCGAGUGCGGAGAGGGAGCCUCUAGCCAAGCUAGGCAAGACUGCUCCUGCGAUCACAGGACCUGCAACAAGCCAGAUUGCGCGAGCCGCUGAGCCUACGAAGGGCCAAGCCUGGGCCUUCCCUGACGGCGACGAGAGGGAGGAGGCGGCACGGUACGGCCAACCGUUGCACAACACAGCUUUCCUGGAUUCUCGGCGCAGCAGUGUCACCGAGUCGAUUGCUAGCAGCCAGUUCACUACGGAAUCUAGGUUGCCGCCUGGUCAGCGGAGACUGGACGAAAACGCCGAGUACAACCCCAUGGCUCAUGGUUCAACAGACUUCCCACCAGUGCAUCACCACUCCCUGCAGCACAAGCAACUGGGAGACCUCCAGGACGAGGAUGCGGAAUCGAGAGCUGGUGCUCAACCAUAUAGCCGUACUCCAGAACUUCGCAAGAGUCACAAGCUGGCUGAGCGGAAGCGAAGAACAGAGAUGAAGGAGCUGUUCGACCAACUCCGCGACUUGAUGCCCCAGGAACGAGGGUCCAAGGCGUCGAAAUGGGAGAUUUUGACUAAGGCCAUCACCGAGCACCAGCGAAUGGCGGAUGCCGUCCGUGUGAUGCAGAAUCAAAACGCCUCUAUUGCGUCAGAGAAUGACCAGCUGCGCCGGGAGAACCACGCUCUUAUGCUUCAGCUGCGAGGCCAGCCUCCUCAACAGGCACCCCCUCCUCCACCUGCGGCUGGCUACGCGUCAGAUCCCUAUGCUCACCGCCCAGAGCUACCUCCUCUGCGCGCCCUUAACGGCGGCCCUCCCAGCGGGCCUGAGUCAAUGACGGGUGUGCAAUACGAUGCACCGCGUGCCAACGGAUAUCGGCCUGCAGAGCGGUACUGA